CCCCCCCCCCAAUCCCCCUCCCCCGUCCGUCUGGGUCGAUGGCUCGCCUCCUCUCCCCCCUCCCAAUCGUCGCCACCGCCGCCGCCGCCGCCUCCCCCUCCCGCUUCCGCAUCCCCGCCGUCUCCGUCGCGCGGCGUCAGGCGCUCUUCGGCGGAAGAGUAGGGCUGAGGGUGCCCGCGAGACUGUCAACGAGGGGAGUGAGCGCCGGCGCGGAGGCGGGCGGGCCCGCAGCUCGAGCGGCCACGGUGAUCAGCCCCGAGGAGGCCGUGGAGUGGGUCAAGAAGGACCGGAGGCGCCUGCUCCACGUCGUCUACCGCGUCGGCGAUCUUGACAAGACUAUCAAGUUUUAUACGGAGUGCUUAGGGAUGAAGCUGCUGCGGAGAAGGGACAUCCCGGAGGAGAGGUACACCAACGCCUUUCUUGGGUACGGACCAGAGGACUCGCAUUUUGUUGUGGAGCUCACUUACAACUAUGGUGUCGAAAGUUACGAUAUUGGGUCUGGUUUUGGUCAUUUUGGAAUUGCUGUUGAGGAUUUAAGAAGCACUAAUCGCGUGUCAAGUAUAAGUAGCUCAUCUAUAGCUUUCUUCUACAUGAAUGAGCUCAGAAUAUUGCAGGUCGAAAAAACAGUGGAACUUAUUAAAGCCAAGGGAGGAACAGUAACAAGGGAGCCAGGUCCGGUAAAAGGUGGAAAGUCAGUCAUUGCCUUCAUUGAAGAUCCUGAUGGUUACAAAUUUGAGCUUAUAGAAAGAGGUCCCACACCCGAGCCUUUGUGCCAAGUAAUGCUUCGAGUGGGAGAUCUUGAUCGUGCUAUAAGUUUCUAUGAGAAGGCAUUUGGUAUGGAACUUCUUCGCAGGAAAGACAAUCCUCAAUACAAGUAUACCAUUGCUAUGAUGGGAUAUGGCCCUGAAGACAAACAUGCUGUACUGGAGUUGACAUACAAUUAUGGUGUGAAGGAAUAUGAUAAAGGAAAUGCUUAUGCACAGAUUGCUAUUGGUACUGAUGAUGUCUACAAGACCGCGGAAGUCGUUAGACAAAAUGGGGGACAAAUAACUCGUGAACCUGGUCCAUUACCUGGCAUUAGUACCAAGAUAACUGCCUGCACAGAUCCAGAUGGCUGGAAAUCAGUAUUUGUUGACAAUCUAGAUUUUCUCAAGGAGUUGGAAGAAUGAGUUUUCAGGAAGAUAUCAUCUUCGUACAGGUUUCACUGGCCUUUUUCCUCGAGUUGCUAGCACCCCCCCAUGAAAUCUUGUAAAAGCUUCGAAGCGAGGUUUGUAGAUAGGUUGUCCAAUCUACCGUGUCAUCACUGGUUUUUCAUAGAGAAUUAGGUUUGCUACUUCUUAUGAUGUAGAUGUGCAAUCCGUUUUGUUAGCGAAGUAAAAUUAUAUGUGCAUUUUAUUCUUCUGACAAGCCAGAAAGUAUUUCCAGAUAUGCA